ACUCAACAUGUUUGUUUUAUCUUUCAGGUGAUUUAGGUCCUGUUUAUGGAUUCCAGUGGCGUCAUUUUGGUGCUGAAUACCAAAAUAUGGACAGUGAUUAUGCAUCAAAAGGAGUCGACCAAUUGAAACAAGUUAUAAAUCUGAUUAAAAACAAUCCAAAUGAUCGUCGAAUAAUCAUGUCUGCUUGGAAUCCAUGUGAUUUACCUAAAAUGGCACUUCCCCCCUGUCAUGUAAUGUGUCAGUUUUAUGUUCAAGAUGGUGAACUAUCUUGUCAGAUGUAUCAACGAUCAGCAGAUAUGGGUCUUGGAGUUCCUUUCAAUGUUGCCAGCUACUCAUUACUGGUUUAUAUGAUUGCUCACAUUACAGGUUUGAAGCCUGGAGACUUCAUCCAUACGUUAGGAGAUGCACAUGUUUAUGUGAACCAUGUUGAACCAUUAAAAGAACAGUUGAAAAGAACCCCACGUGCUCUGCCAAAGCUAAAAAUUCAGCGAAGUGUCAGUAACAUCGAUGACUUCCAUGUUGAUGAUUUUGAAAUUAUUGGCUAUAAGCCAUACAGUAAGAUAAAGAUGGAGAUGGCUGUAUAGGAAGGAUUUGAGAAACCAUUUUCAAAAAGCUGUUAUUGGGUUCCAAAAUCUAUCAGUAGAUUAUGGUUCACAAGAAACAUGACAUUCUGUAAACAGAAACUUUGGUGCUUACAUUUCAUUAUUUUUUUUUACAUCUAUUAAAGUCAUAUA